UGUUAUAAAUUUACGUUAAUUUAAAAUUUCGGCUUCGAAAAUUUACACUUGUCGUGGCUAAAAAAAACUUCACUUUAACAAUUUAUUAUUAAAAAUAAAGAAAUAUAUAUACGAUUAGACGUAAGAGUAAAUAUUUGUAUAUAAAGUUUAAGUGAAAUUUUGUAAUUAUUUGGUAGGUAAGGUAGGGUGUUCCAGCCGGAAAAUAUAUAUAACCUAGCAGUAUUGUUGUUAAGAAAAGUGAGAAAAAUGGCGGACGAAAACGAGGAUCAAUGGUUAUACGGAGAUUCGGCGGACGUAAAAGAUCUCUCACCGGCGAAUGUUUUAAUUGAGAAUCAACAAAAUGAGUCGUUAUCUAUUAAUACGCAGGAUGUAUCACAAAUUUUGGAAGAGAAGAAAAAUGAUAACGUUGCAGAGAGAUUACCUGAGAUGUCAGAAAAUGCAGGUUCACUUACAGAAGAGGGUUCGUUAAAUAAUAUCCAAGAUGAAAAUGAUUCUGAUGCUAAUAAAAAUGAUACAAGAGAGACUUCUAUUAAAGAAGAUGGCGAAGCCGCGAGUGAUUCAGAUUCUGACGAUGAUGUCCAUGUGGUUAUCGGUGACAUAAAAUCGACACCAGCAUAUGGUAGUUUAAAUAUUAAAAGAGGUGGCCUACUAACGAAUGCAUCAGGAGUACCCGAUAAAUUGAAUAAACAACCUGGCAAAUUUAGUAUUGACGAGUUUGAAACUAUCGGUGUUAUCAAUGGAAUGCCAGCACAUGAAUUUAAUUUAGAUCAAUUAGAGGAUAAACCGUGGAGACAACCUGGUGCAGACAUAACAGAUUAUUUCAAUUAUGGUUUCAAUGAAGAAACUUGGCGCGCUUAUUGCGAAAGACAGAAAAAAAUGAGAAGCGAGUCUGGAGUAGGAUUGAUAUUAAAUGCUGGUGGAGGUGGAAGUAAUCCAGGCAGUAUGCGAGUGCCUCAAGUAGCAAUUACUAACGAUAACAGUAAAUAUUCUGGUAUCAUGGGACCAAAACGAGCAGGUCCCCCUCCAGGAAGAAAAAUGGCUGGUACGAUAGAUGUCAUAGGAAGUUCAGGCUUAGCGUCUAGAAGGAACCUUGACAAAUCACCGCCUAAAGGAAAUGUGAUACAAGUGAUGACAGCGGAUAGGAGAGAAUAUUCAAGGAAACCAGGUUUUCCAGAUAUGAGCGUACCACCACCGGGAGCAGGAUUACCUCCGCCUUUCGAUAUGCCACCUCCUGGAUAUUCCGGAGAGCCAGCUCCAUUCUAUAUGCCCGAAGCUGAUCCAUAUUAUCAAAGUUAUGAACCUACUCAGGAUAGUCAAUGGGGUAAUGACCCAACUUGGCAACCAACAAAUUUAGCCAUUCCAAUGACGGAAGGAGAAGAAGAUAAAGAUAUGGGUCCUAAAACGAUACCCACGAUGGUACCACCUAUAUCUAUGCCACCAUUGCUACCACCUAGAGAUCAACGGGACAUUCGAGGAGAUCGUGAGAGGGACAGAGAUCGAGAUAGGGAACGUGAAAGAGAUAUGGACUCGAUGGGUAGGGAGAGAGAAAGGGAUAAAGACAGAGAGCGUGAUCGUGAAAGAGAAAAAGAUUCUAUGAUCAGAGAUCGUGAUCGAGAAAGAGAUUCCGUUGCACGAGACGAAGAAAGAGAUCGCGAUAGAUCACGAUCGCAGUAUCGACAUAAAGAGAGGCAUAGGCAUCGUUCAAGGUCGCGAUCUCGUAGACACAAAUCGCGAUCACGAAGUCCGAGUAGACGUAAGAAGAAAUCAAGACGCUCCGACAGGGAACGUUCUAAAGAAGAAAGCGAAUGAGUAUAGGAAUGUAAACGUAUGUGUAUAUAUACGUAUAUAUGUAUAUAUAUGCACGAAUAUGUAUGUAUAUAAAAUAUCGUUAUUACUAUUAAAAAAUAAAAAUAAAAAAAAGAGAAGAAAACAAAAUAAUCGACGAUAUCACAGAAGGGAGUUUCGUGUAGAAGUCCCAUGUUUUUUUUUUUUAAACCCAUUUGCAUCACGCUUCUAAAUAUACUAAAAUAAUGUUAUUCAUUUGACAAAUUUGUAUAAAUUUGUGAGACGUUCAAUUGACAACCGGUUCGUAUUACCGCGCCUUAUUGCAUAUAAUACAACAACUCGCGAAGCGUAUUAUUCCGCUUUUGGAUACAAAUGGGGUUAAAUAAUAAUCCAUACUCAAAGGAAAAUUUUAAAUUUAUAAUAAAUUAUAAUCAUUUCUGUGUGCGCUAUGCUCUCUCUUUUUCUCUCUCUCUCUCUCUUUCUAUCUUUCAAUUUUUCAUGAUUCUUUAUUAUUAACUAAGCAAAAUAAACGACACAGUAUGAGUGAUGAUAAAAUAAAAAUGAUUAAUAAUAAA